UUCCCUUGCACUUUCAUAAGUGCUGCAGCCCCAACAGCACACUGUUAGUGGGAGAGUCAGCAGUGGUUUCCGUUUGUUCCUCUUGAACCAAAACCCGCUACAAACGCAGCCCUGCAUCAAACGGAGCGAUCAGCUGAACAUGACGCGGACUUUGGGGUUGUUGGCGAGUUGUUUGCUGUUUCUUCUCUGCCCCGGUGCGGACGGCAAGCGCGGUAGGGAGCGAGUUUACUAUGUGGGGAUCAUUGAGGACUCGUGGGAUUACGCACCAAGUGGAAAAAACCUGAUUAACGGCCAAAACGUCGAAAAUGAUGAGCAUGCAUCUGUCUUCCUGGAAAGAGGACCCCACCGUAUUGGCAGCGUUUAUAAGAAGGCCAUGUUCCGACAGUACACAGAUGCUACGUACAGCCGCCAGGUCCCCCAUCCUGCCUGGUUGGGCUUCCUCGGUCCCAUACUGCGAGCUGAGGUUGAUGAUGUCAUUGUGGUCCAUCUGAAGAACUUUGCAACCAGGAACUACUCUAUGCAUCCUCAUGGAGUUUUCUAUGAGAAGAAUGCAGAAGGGGCGCUCUAUCCAGAUGGGACAUCAGACAAGCUGAAGAAGGACGACUGUGUUCCUCCAGGAGGCAGCUACACCUACCGCUGGGAGGUCAGACCAGAAUUUGCCCCCACAGAUGACGAUGCCAACUGCCUGACCUGGGUCUACCACUCCCACUUGGAUGCCCCCAAGGAAAUUGCCUCAGGACUCAUAGGGGCUUUGCUCACCUGCAAGAAAGGAAUCUUGAAGGAGACUAAUGAUCCAGAGUCUGUGGUAGAGUCAGCCCGAAAUGAUGUGGACCAGGAUGUCUUCCUGAUGUUCACCGUAGUGGAUGAAAACCUGAGUUGGUACUUGGAGGACAAUAUUCAGAGCUGCUCUGAUCCAGCCGGGGUCGACCGAGAAGACCCAGACUUUGAGGAGUCAAACCUGAUGCACGCUAUAAAUGGCUACAUGUUUGGUAACCUGCCUGGAAUCGAGUUAUGCCAGCACCGUGCAGUUGCCUGGCACUUGUUUGGCAUGGGCAAUGAGGUGGACAUUCAUUCUGCCUUUUUCCACGGUAAUACACUGCUGGACCGUGGCCACCGCACUGACGUCCUCAGUCUGUUCCCAGCCACGUUUGCCACAGCUGAGAUGGUCCCAAAAGCAACGGGAAAGUGGUUGCUGACCUGCCAGGUCAAUGACCACUUGCAGGCUGGGAUGCAAGCCUUCUAUGAAGUGAAGUCAUGUGGAAGUGAGGCCGGCUCCACAGUGAUGGGGGGUGUUGUGAGGAAUUACUACCUGGCAGCAGAGAUUAUCCAGUGGAGCUACGGUCCUUCAGGAAGGGAUCUGAUUAAAAAUGUGUCCCUCACUGAAGCCAACAGUGCAUCAGAGGCGUUUUUUGGCACGGAUGGUGGAAGGAUCGGAGGUGACUACAUGAAAGUGCUAUAUCACGAGUACACAGACAAUACCUUCACCAAAAGGAAACUGACACCUGAUCCUCAUUUCGGAUUCCUGGGUCCAGUCCUGAGGGCAGAGGAAGGAGACACUCUCAAAGUGACAUUCCUGAACAAAGCUGACAGAAACUACAGCAUCCAGCCUCACGGUCUGCACUAUGAUAAACGAUUCCAGGGAAGCAGCUAUGAGGACGGUGUUGACAAGCCAGGCUCUCAUGUCGGUCCAGGGGAGAACUUUACCUACACCUGGCAGGUGCUAGAGGGUCCAUCUUCAUCCGAUUCUGCGUGUAUCCCCUACCUAUACUACUCCGCCACUGAUCCUAUUAAGGACACCAACUCUGGAUUGGUGGGACCUCUGCUCGUGUGCAAGAAGGGAACGCUGGGGGAGAACGGAGCCCAGAGGGGCGUUGAUAGGGAGUUCUUCCUCUUGUUUUCCGUCAUGGAUGAAAACAUGAGCUGGUAUUUGGAGGACAAUAUUGACCGUUUUGGCAGCAACGAAACAAAUCCAGACAAUGAGGAAUUUGAGGAGAGCAACAUGAUGCAUGCUGUAAACGGACGCAUGUAUGGGAACCUUGAUGGACUGGAAAUGUGUGCCGGGGACACAGUCAUGUGGUACACCUUUGGGUUAGGUACAGAGGUGGACAUCCAUGGUGUUUAUUUUGAAGGGAACAUCUUCAAGAAGCAGAGCACAACACGAGACACUGUCAGCCUGUUCCCUCACACCACUGCUACAGCUGCUAUGCAGCCAAACAACCCCGGUGUGUUUGAGGUGAGCUGCAGAGUAACAGACCACUACUCAGGUGGCAUGAGGCAACAGUACAAAGUACGUCUCUGCCCGCAACGCAAACUGAAGCCAUCACGCACAGGAGGGCCAACCAAGACUGUGCAGUAUUUUAUUAGUGCUGAAGAAAUAGAGUGGGACUACUCACCUAAGAGAGACUGGGAGCUGGAGAAACACCACGCCACAUUAGAGAACAGUCCAGGCAAUGUAUUCGUGGGGAAAGGGAAAAACAGGAUCGGCUCGCGCUAUAAGAAGGUGGUGUACAGAGAAUACACUGACGAGACCUUCAAAGUCCAGAAGAAACGGCAGCCGAACGAAGAACACUUGGGUAUUAUGGGUCCAAUAAUCAAAGCAGAGGUAGGAGAGCAGGUCGUGAUCACAUUCAAGAACGAUGCCAGCCGGCCAUACUCGAUUGGUGCGCAUGGAGUGAAGGCAAGCGGCUCUCACAUUCCUGUCCAACCUGGCCACAUAAUGGAGCUGACAUGGGAUGUUCCUAAAGAUUCCGGUCCAGGGGUCUCAGAUCCUAACUGUAUCUCUUACGCCUACUACUCCAAUGUUGAUUUCAUUAAGGAUCUGUACAGUGGUCUCCUGGGGCCUCUGGUGAUAUGCAGGCCCGGGACUCUGCAGCAUGGCGAGGGGCCUGACAGACAGAGGGGCGACGUGGAGAAGGAAUUUGCUCUGCUAUUUAUGGUGCAUGAUGAAAACCAGUCCUGGUACUUGGACGACAACAUCAGAACAUACAUCGGCAUCGACCCUGAUAACUUCAUGCCUGACGAAGAAUUUGAGGAGAGUAACAUGAUGCAUGGGAUCAAUGGUGAGCUGUACGGUAAUCUCCAUGGACUGGUGAUGGUCCAAGGACAGAAAGUUGACUGGUAUCUCCUGGGAAUGGGCAACGAAGUGGACAUGCACACCGUUCAUUUCCACGCUGAGACUUUUACCUACAAGACGGACCGUGUGCACCGGGCAGAUGUCUUUGAUCUCUUCCCCGGGACUUUCCAGACUGUGGAGAUGGUUGCUGGCAAUCCAGGGACUUGGUUGCUCCACUGUCACGUGACUGACCACAUACACGCCGGCAUGGAGACCACUUUCACCAUUGAAGAAAAGCCCUCACAUGCGUCAGGAACUGAAGGCUCCAUAAAGACGCUGCUGGUCUCACUGGCGCUUGGUCUCGUGGCUGUAGGCGGACUGCACUAACAAAGGGACUCUGACAUUGAGCCAAGUGUGUGUGUGUGUGUGUGUGUGUGCGUGUAUGUAAACAAAACUGUGGUGAAUAAUGCACUCCAGUGACAGAAUCACUGUUGCAUUGUGUGUUUGGUGGAGGUUAUGUAUGUAUAUAUCAAGCAAUUAUCAGAGCAGGCAAAUAUAUAUAUCAAGGGAUGUACAAUCAUGUAUAAAGUUGAGGAUUAUUUUAUUUCUUAGGACUAAAAAAGGCAUUUUAUACUUUUUUUGAUUGUUUCUAUUUGCCCUUUUCUGGCAUGUUGCACUGUGUUUGAUGCUGUUAGUUUGGCAAAGCAUUGCUGUACCAAAAAUUUGAUUCCCAGUUAUGAAUGUGCAAUAAAGACAUUUAUUCAA